UGGAGCAACCGAUACCGCGACGCGACCGAGAUGGCGAACCAUGCCUUUAAUUGUCUGUCCCGUUUCCCUUUUCCAUUUCAGCUAACCAAGUUCUAGCAGAAACCCCCUUGCUCCUGGCUUUCAGUUCUCUCCAGAACUCGUUUCCUUCAACAAAUUAAUCGAGACUAGAACAAGACAAUCUCUCCUUACCUCUCUCUCUAUCUCUAAACAGAAAAACUCAUGCAUUAUAGAACUGGUCUUGGAUAAUUUUGGAGCUGAAUAGUUAUUCGAGCCACGGAGUUAAGCAUCAGCUGGUUUACUUGUCUUCUAGUUUAUGGAAUCUAUUCAUAGAUCCAAAGGAUGCAAAUUAUAAAAAGAGCUGUCAAGUACUGUUCUUGUAUGGAAUAUUAUCGCCAUAUAAUCAAGAACACCUCAGCAAAGUACUAGGAGAGUUUAUAAAUCUCAGUUGGCCACAAAAACAUAAGCAGAUCAUCAAUCUCUGAAGUUGGAAGCAGCUAGAGAUUUGUGAAGAUGAAGGUUAAUCAACUGUGUUGUUUCGUGUUAUUGUUGAUGAUGAUGGCUUUAUGCGAUGCAUCAAGAUUAAUAAACUACUUCAACAAGGCUCCUCUGAAGUCUAUCAAGAGCAAGGAUGGUGAUGUAAUUGAUUGUAUACUUCUCUCUGAACAACCAGCACUUGAUCAUCCCUUACUCAAGGAUCACCGAAUUCUGAUGACACCAAGUUAUCACCCGGAAGGGUUGAAAAAAUUGUUCAACAGUAGGAAUGAUGAGAAAUCAAUUACUCAAUUGUGGCAAUUGGCUGGGAGAUGUCCACAGGGAAGCAUUCCUAUCAGAAGAGGUAAAAAAGAGGAUGGUUUCUUCUCUGUGAUCAAGAGCUUUUUACAGAAGGAUGAAACCAAUCGCGAGAAGCUUUCAGCCGGCAUGGAACUCAUCAGCCAAGUGAAAUCCUACCAGUCUGUAGCUAGUUAUGCUAUGGGAGCAUAUUAUGGAGCAAAGGCAAUCAUGAAUGUCUGGCAACCCCAACUUCAGCAACCUAAUGAAUAUAGCUCGUCUCAGCUCUGGAUAACGGAGAAUUCUUUUGGUUCAAAUCAGAACACCAUUCAAGCGGGUUGGCAUGUCAACCCAGAAUUAUACGGAGAUGCUAGAACAAGGUUCUUCAUGCACUGGACUAGGGACAACUUUAAGUCCACAGGAUGCUACAACUUGCUGUGUUCAGGCUUUGUUCAAAUCACUAAUGAAAUUGUACUAGGAGGCUCUGUCUUCCCCCUCUCCAAUUUCAACGGUUCCCAGUCUGAAAUUAGCAUACUUAUUUGGAAGGAUCCAGCACAAGAUGCAUGGUGGCUAGAAUUUGGCAACACGAUAGUUGGUUACUGGCCAGGCUCUUUGCUUACAAGCCUAGCACACUAUUCUUCUUUGAUUGAAUGGGGUGCGCUAGUUUUAAACAAACAGUCAGAUGGGGUACAAACUUCUACACAGAUGGGAAGUGGCCAUUUUCCACGAGAAGGUUUUAAGAGGGCAAGUUACAUGAGAAAUCUUGAAGUGAUAGGCAGCUCAAUGAAAUUAAGGCCCCUUAAUUACUUAAGGACCAUUGCUCGGAAAUCAAACUGCUAUGACAUAACUGUGGGAGAGAAUGCUGAUUGGGGAAAUUACAUUUUCUAUGGAGGACCCGGGAGAAAUCCUAGUUGUCCAUGAUGGAACUCCAAAAGUUUAACCAUUUGGCUAUGUAUUCCCUUUGCAACUCAAUUUAGCUUUUUAGAACUUUCAAGUCCUAAUGAUGGAAGAUUCUCCAACUCCAUAUAAAGCUGGACAUAAAUGUGCAUGGUGGUAAUUAAGCUAAAAUUAAAGAUGGAGUUUCUCAAUGUUCUAUUCAGUAUAAAAUGACUAGCUCUCUUUUCAAUUUGAAGUAUA